CAAACACCACCACUUCAUAUUAACAACUUUGCUUGCAACACACACAUGAUGAGAAUGAGACUACUACUUGCUUCCUUGUGCCUUCUCUUCUUAUUCUUGCAUUUGUAUUCUGUUUCUUCACUCAACUCAGAUGGGUUGGCACUCUUAUCAUUCAUGUCUCACUGGACAUAUGUUCCUUCUCCCAUAAACUCCACAUGGAUUCCAUCUCAUUCCACACCAUGUUCAUGGAAAGGUGUCCAAUGCGACACUGCAACUCACCGUGUAGUCUCUCUCAACCUUUCGUAUUAUAACAUUCCCGGUCAACUAAGACCGGAGAUUGCUAAUUGCACACAACUCAAAUACUUAGACCUUUCUUAUAACUACUUUACCGGCCAAAUACCACACUCAUUCUAUAAUCUUCACAAACUCACAUCUUUCGAUCUCUCUGUUAAUCUUCUCACUGGUUCCAUUCCAACUAGUAUUGGCAACAUGACUCAACUUCGCUACUUGUAUCUCCAAAAUAACACCUUGUCUGGUACAAUUCCUUCAACCAUUGGGAACUGCACUCAACUGCAAGACUUGUUUUUGAACUCUAAUCAAUUCCAUGGUGUCAUUCCCCACACUCUCAAUACCAAUCUUCUUCGUUUCGAUGUUGCUGAUAAUAAACUAACAGGUACCAUUCCAUUUGGUGGCUCUUCUAGUUGUCAAAAUUUACUGUUUUUGGAUAUCUCAUUCAAUUUCUUCAGUGGAGGCAUUCCCACAGCCCUUGGGAAUUGUACUUCUUUAUCACAAUUUGCUGCUGUCGGAUGUAACUUGGUUGGAACUAUUCCAUCCUCUAUCGGUCUUCUAACCAAGCUUUCAAUUCUACACCUUCCUGAGAAUCAUUUGUCCGGAAAAAUACCUCCCGAAAUAGGUAACUGCAAGUCUUUGAAUCAGUUGCAUUUGUAUUCCAAUCAACUUGAUGGAAACAUUCCAACUGAAUUGGCGAAGCUGAGUGAACUUAAGAACCUCGAACUGUUUUCCAAUCAAUUGCGCGGUGAAAUUCCACUUGGCAUAUGGAAGAUUCAAACUCUUGAGCAUCUACUUGUGUAUAAUAAUAGCCUUUCUGGUGAACUUCCUGUGGAGAUGACAGAGCUCAAGAAUCUCAAAAAAAUCUCAUUGUUUAACAACAUGUUCUCUGGAGUCAUACCUCAAAGCUUAGGAAUUAAUAGCACUUUGUUGCUGUUGGACUUUACAAAUAACAGGUUCACUGGCAACCUCCCACCAAAUCUUUGUUUUGGCAGAAAGUUAAGCCUUUUGCUUAUGGGGAUCAAUCAACUACAAGGUACUAUACCUUCUGAUGUCGGAAGAUGCACAACUCUAACAAGGGUCAUUUUUAAACAAAACAACUUUACUGGGCCUCUACCUGAUUUUGAAACCAAUACCAAUCUCUUAUACAUGGAUAUCACCAACAACAAAAUCAACGGUUCGAUUCCAUCAGGUUUAGGAAACUGCAAAAAUCUCACAGAUUUAAUUUUGUCCGUGAACAAAUUUAGUGGUCCAAUACCAUCAGAGAUAGGAAACCUUGUUAACCUUAGGACUUUGGUUCUUGCUCACAAUAACUUAGAAGGUCCUUUGCCAUUUCAGCUGUCAAACUGUACCAAAAUGGACAAGUUUGAUGUGGGAUUUAAUUUCUUAAAUGGUUCUUUGCCAUCAAGUUUGCAGAGAUGGACAAGGCUUAAUACACUAAUUUUGAGUGAGAAUCGUUUUAGUGGCGGCAUUCCAACUUUCUUUUCGGUAUUUAACGAUCUUUUAGAACUACAGCUUGGCGGCAAUAUGUUUGGAGGGCGGAUUCCUAGAUCGGUUGGGGCAUUGCAGAAUUUGAUCUAUGGGUUAAAUCUAAGUUCUAAUGGACUGAUAGGAGACAUACCUGUGGAAAUUGGAAAACUGAAAACUUUGCAAAUGAUGGAUCUGUCUCAGAACAAUUUGACAGGAAGCAUACAAGUUCUUGAUGAACUCCCUUCAUUGGUUCAAAUCAAUAUUUCAUAUAAUUCUUUUCAGGGUCUCAUACCAAAGAGUCUAAUGAAGAAGCUAGCAUUUUUGGGGAAUCCUGGGCUAUGUAUCAGUUGUUCGCUAUCCGAUGGUUUGGUUUGCACCAAAAGCAGCAGCCAUCUAAAACCAUGUGAUAACAAUACUGUGAAACACAAAGUCCUCGGCAAAACUGCAAUUGUGAUGAUAGCUUUAGGAUCCUCAAUAUUUGUUGUAUUUCUGUUGAUGGGAUUAGUAUAUAUCUUUGUUUAUGGCAGAAAAUCUCAACAAGUCCAUAUUACUGAUAAUGGUGGUCCUUCGUCCCUUUUUAACGAAGUCCUGAAGGCUACAUCGAACCUAAGUGAUGAGUAUAUUAUUGGCAGGGGAGUGCAUGGAGUUGUUUAUAAAGCCGUUGUAAGUCAAGACAAAGCUUUUGCUGUAAAGAAGCUAGCAUUUUCUGCUGCCAGCAAAGGUAAGAAAAUGAGCAUGAUCAGAGAAAUUCAAACCCUGGGACAUGUUAAGCAUCGAAAUCUAGUCAAAUUGGAAGAGUUUUGGUUCAGACAAGAUUAUGGUCUAAUUCUAUAUCGAUACAUGCGAAAUGGAAGCCUUUAUGAUGUAUUGCAUGAAAAGAAACCAGCACCAUCCUUAGAGUGGAAUGUCCGGUAUAGAAUAGCUGUUGGAAUUGCUCAUGGGUUGGCUUAUCUCCAUUAUGACUGUGAUCCUCCGAUAGUUCACCGAGAUAUCAAACCAAACAACAUACUUUUAGACUCUGAUAUGGAUCCUCACAUUGCUGACUUUGGUAUUGCCAAACUUUUGGACGAGUCUUCUACAUCAAAUUCUUCCUUAUCUGUGCUGGGCACAAUUGGUUAUAUCGCGCCAGAGAAUGCUUAUACAACAAGAAGUCGUAGGGAGUGUGACGUGUACAGUUAUGGAGUAGUUUUGCUUGAGCUGAUAACAAGAAAGAAGGUAGCAGAUCCAUUAUUUAUGGAGGGUACUACUACUGAUAUAGUGGGUUGGGUUAGAUUGUUGUGGAGUGAAACAGGAGAAAUUAAAGAAAUUGUUGAUUCAAGCCUUGCAAAUGAAUGUGUAGAUAGCAAUAUAAUGGAAAAUGUUACCAAAGUGCUUAUGCUGGCUUUGAGAUGUAGUGACAAGGAUCCACACAAGAGGCCUACAAUGAGAGAUGUUACCAAGCAAUUAUCUGAUUCUAAUCCACAGAAAAUAAGUAGAAACUGUAGAUAUGUAAAUCCAUAUCAGCAUUACACGUCAAAGUGAUAUUAAAUUUGUACAGUGAGUUGGAACUCAAUAAAUUUCUGAAUAUUUGUAUAUCAUGUCUCAAUCUAGUGUUUGGUGAGACAACAAAAUAUGAUAAGUUAAUCCUAAAACAUAUUAUGUCUCUCUGGUGGAUCCCAUUGUCAAAAAAAGAGGUUUAGCUGGAUCCCACCCGCAUCGUUUAUCAUCGAUCCAUCAUCAUCCAUGUAUAGAAUAUUCACCUUUGGCUCCAGCCAUGUAAAAUGAAUAAUUAAAAUUAAUAAUAUCAAUUGUUAAAUUGUUUUGAA